GUAUUGAUGACGUAGUACACCAGCGCAAUUCCUGUGACGUAGUUCACAGUUGUAUGUCUAGUGUGUGCAUGCAAGGUUUCAAUUCCAUGAUGGCAAGCCGACAGCUACUUCGCAGACUGGUUCCUAUGGUUACAAGCAGUGUGAGAUGUCACCACUGUCUCCGCCUCCCACAGCCUAUGCUGUCAUGCCAGUCACAUGUCACGAAGAUGACACCGCCCCCGGUCAGGUCACUUGCGGCAAGUGCCAAGUUUGAGUGUAUUAACAUACAGGAUGAGGACGACUUCCAGCAGAGAGUCCUUGACAGCAAAACACCAGUGGUCAUUGACUUCCAUGCAACGUGGUGUGGGCCCUGCAAGCUGCUGGCGCCGAGGUUAGAGUCUAUCAUUGCUGGCAAAGCAGGCCAAGUCGUUCUAGCAAAGGUUGAUAUAGAUGACAAUGCUGAUCUGGCUAUGAGGUUUGGGGUAAAUUCCGUGCCAACAGUUGUGGGCAUCAGAAAUGGUCAGCCACUUGGGAAGUUUAUUGGAUUACAAGAGGAUGACAUUAUUGACACUUUUGUUGAGAAACUAAUCAACUGAUGAUUGAUCUGAUGUUUUAAAUAUUUUAUAUUCACAUCAAAUUUGCAAUAAAAAACAUCCAAGAAAUAACUGUCAAAUUUAAACAUUGAAUAUCCAUGUUUGAAGAAUUAUUAGUGACAUGGUCAAACAAAUCUUAAGAUGAACUGGUGUGUCGACAUGUUGGUUAAGGUAAAGUUGCAUAAUCACUUAGAUUACUGCCCUACAGGCUGAGGGAUGUGUAUCUAAACAGUUCAUUUGGUUGGUGUGAGCGAUCAAUUUCAAGAUGUUUAUUCUAGUCUAUUAGCAGUUGAUCACAUGGGAAUCUCAAGUUUUGGAGUAUAAUAAAUUGUAUGCAGAUUUUACUGAACUUCAGAUUCAUGUGACAAGGCAUAGGUUGGUGUUGAGUAUCUGUGAUGCAAUAAGGACAACCUUCUUCACCAGCAUUCAGCUUCUUGUUCUCUGGAACUGUCCUUAUGUUUUACUGGAAGAGGAUGCUGAACACAAAGGUCUUGUGUUUGUUAAUGGCAUUAAGAUAAAUAGUCUUAAAACUCACGGGAAAGGCAUGAUUAUCAGAAAACCAAAGAAUGUGUUGUGUUUCCAUGGCUUAUGAUAUCUAUGGCCCAAACUGCUUGUACAUAAUAAACUGACACUCUUAA